GUCAACUUCAAAACUAAUUCCAUCUCUUCUUCUCAAUUACCCUAGAACAAUCGCCUCUCCGUAUUCAUUAGUCAAUAAAAUCAAAAUGGCAGACGAUAAAUCGCAAGAUAAAGUUGUGCCAACCUCCGGUGAGGAAUCCAAGCAAGCGGACACCGGCGACAAUAAAAAGACGGAGGAUACCGCCGAUUCGGGUCCCACUACAGAGCAGUCGAGGCCGCCCAGACAGCUACCCACGCAUUACAGAGGGAUGCCAAAGCAAUGGGAGAAGAACCAAGUUCCCAAGAAAGAGACCUAAGCACGUUGAUACCAUAUCGGAAAGUACAUGGGUUUUCGAAAUCCGAAUGCAAUCAUGAUCUUGUUUUGCGAGGACUAAGCAUGGGUUCGCGGCGGGGGAUUUUUCUUCGGCGCCUUUUUUAGUUGGUUCCUGUUCCUAGAUCGUGGCCAAGAUUCACUGGAUGAUUC